CGGCCAUAUAUUCGAGUGAUAAAUAUCCAGUGACGCAAUGCGCAAAUGAUUUUUAUUUCACUAAAGGGAAAACGGCACCCAUACUAACAAUGACGUAUUAUUUAUUUACCAUGGCUACCGUUUAUUUCUAUGGUUAUACAUUCGAGAUAAUAUCGAACAAAUAUAAGCAUGCGCCGCUACGCUAGAAGAAAAUAUAUCCCUAUCCCGAAAAGCCUAGUUUCAGUUUGAAUUUUUUAGUUUAGUUUUGCUGUAACAAUUUCCAAUGCGCUGGGUUUCGCAUGGUAUAAUAUGAAUCAAUUGAAUGAAAUUAAAUCAUCCAAUACAGAAACGGUUCAGGCGAAUUACAACAAACUUUCGGAACAUAUUCGAAGGCUCACACCUCACGGUAUUCAGUGCAGUGUUUUCUGUGGCGGAGUUAACUGUAAAUAUGAAAAUCCGGAAAAUUGGAAACCCGAUAGUCUGGCACUACAAGGAAUUUAUUCCCAUUGGGUUACAGAUGAUAUCUUGGCCAUGGCCCGACCGAGUACGAUGGUGAUAAUCCAGAGGAAUAUCAUUCAGCAAUUUGAAAGUUUAGGAAUAAAGUCAAUUAUAAACCUGCAAAGUCCCAGAGAACACGCCAGUUGCGGGCAGCCUCUGGAAAGUUCGGGAUUUUCGUAUAAUCCCAACGUUUUCAUGGAAGACAACAUUUUUUACUACAAUUUCGCAUGGAAAGACUACGGCGAUGCGACCUUGGAAGGGUUGCUCAACAUGGUUAAAGUACUAGCUUUUGCUUUAACCGAGGGUAGGGUAGCUAUCCAUUGCCACGCUGGUUUAGGCAGAACGGGCGUAUUAAUAGCAUGUUAUUUAGUAUAUGCCCUAAGGGUAAGUGCAAACGAAGCUAUUCGAUAUGUAAGACUAAAACGCCCUGGAUCAGUUCAAACGAGAGGACAAAUCCUGUGCGUACGACAUUUUGCACAAUUUAUUCUUCCCCAAACAGUAACGUAUUACUUAAAGGAUAAUAUUUCCAAAGAUAAACACAUGAACGAGUUUAAUUUGCACAAGUUUUUAAAAAGACAGAGGGUAGUGUUGCACGGGUACGAAGAGAGAAAUUUUAAAUAUCUUCCAAAAAUUGUUUUCGUCUUAUGCCAAAGAAUUUUAAAACUUUGUGAGUGUUACGAUGAUGACGCCAAUCAACCAGCCAAUGUCCCUUUUACGACGGAUUAUUUCACCGAGAAACUCCAUGGGACAAUGAAAAGGCAAGAGAGUACCUUCAGUAUUGCUAGCCUCGCAAGUCCGACUUCCGAAACGAUUUUUUUGAAUCCAUCAAACGGAGCGUCAACUCCGUCCAGCCCAAACCCAUCAGAAAAUGGCGAUACUACCGAUUCGUUUUCUGAGAUCAGUACAUUGGAUGGAGAUGAGAUGAGAGAAGAACUGCUACUUGAAAAUCGUUGUUUUCAAGAAUUGGAAACGCAAAAAAGUUUUGUCCAAGAACAAGCUGAUAUUCAGUCAGAUAUUAGAAGCGUAGAUGAUGCCGUCGACGCCAUUUUAACUGAUUUUUAUGACCUGGAUGCAGAUACGCGUAACAAAAUAAAAGAAUACGAAAAUGACAUAAACAGUUCUCGAACGGGUUGGCUUCGAUUGACUAGCGAAACAAAUUUAUAUAUUCUAACUAGUUUGCUUUUCGAUUGGCUGGAAAAGUUGAAAGCGCCAAUUAUUACUAUAGAAAGUUUUGAGAAUAUUGUUAUUUUAUAUAAACAACCAGAAGAAUGCUUCAAAAAAUUCGGAAUGGAGGAAGCGUACCUGAUUGAGCACAUUUUACUCUUCUUGAUAAAAUUGCGGCCUAUUAACGAGGAAAGUAGAAAAUUUCUGCUUAAAAGAUUUCUCGCAGCCCUUUCCAAGCACAGUAUUAACAUAAAUGAGAAAAUAAUACCCUCAGAUAAAGGAUUUAAACGAAUCGGUGGUGGCACCCUUGCGUGUACUGUUGAUUUUUUCCAAUCUCUUUCGUUAAUAAUAGAAAAUCACCAUAAGCAGCGACCAAUGUUGUAUACGAUGGAUGAAAUAACCUCGGAUAACGAAACAGAUCUCCAAGGCUUCCAAUAGAAAUUUUACCAAAUUUUCCACAAAAUAUAUUUAGAAAACAAGAAAAUGUGAAAUUAACAUAUAUUUUUAAUCUAUUCUUGGGUGUGCGUGUGUGAUUUUGUCAAUAUCAUAAUGAACAGAAUAAAAUUUUGCA